GCAAAAGCUACAAAUUCUUGGCGACACUACGAACUGCGGGCGACAGGUUGCGUUUCAGUGAUAUUUUUCAGUUUAGUCGACGAACGGCAACGAUACGAACACGAAUCAUUUCGCUGUAGUUUCCGCGUGAAAAUUACAGAAAAGAUUCUAAACGAAAGGAAAACUCAGCAUAUCUAGUGCAAAAUGGUAUCCGUGGAGACUGUAGGCUCUAUUUUCAUCAAGGCCCUGAAGCUGAUCAUCAACCUGGUGAUCAUCUUCUUGUACCGUUGGGGCGAUGGUGGCGAGUUCCUGGGCAUUGGCGGCACUUGGAACUUGAACGAGGAGAAGAGCGCCGACGCGGAGAUCGUAGCCUCUGGCGUUAUGGUUGGAUUUUUUAUAUACACUGGAUGCCACACCAUUGCCUUUGCCUUCGGCACCACCAAACAUAAGGGAGAACUGUGUGACACCAUCAUGAACGUGGUUGGCUGCAUCAUGUGGAUUGCUGUGGGCGGAGUGGCACUCCAUUACUGGAAGGGUUACAUGUCCGACGAGGGAUUCCUGUAUGUGAACUCGGAGCGCCAAGUCGGCAUCGCCAUGGGCUCGCUGUGCGUCAUCGAGGGCGCACUGUACCUGCUGGAUACCGUGUUGGCUUGCAUACACUAUUCGAAGGGCGACACCGACUACACGCAGUAGAAACUGAAUAGUGGGGAUAACAAUCGCAAUCGUCGAAUGAACACCAUCCACAUUUGUCUUUAUACAUAGUUCGAUUUAAGUGCAAAUUAGUUUUUAUCCGCAAUCAAUUAUAUACGUUCGUAAGGGUCAAUUGUCGCUGUACUAUACUAACUAAACUAACUGUUUAAAAUUUCCAUUCCCGAUUAACUUCCUUAAAUUGGCAAAUACAAAUAGUUAAGACCA